UUUUAGUAUAUUUUUGUCUGGCGGCCAGCCUCCCACAUAAGUCAUAUGUAUUUGUUGUUUUGAUACUCAAUUAACAGAAUCGCACGUUGUGGUGUGCCCAUUAACUCCGCUCCACUCAACUCAAAGCCGCUUCCUUUUCUCUUCACAGAAACAGAAAGAUGAGUAUCGUCGGUGUUCUCGCUUUACAGGGUUCUUUUAACGAACAUAUUGCAGUGCUUAGAAGGAUUGGAGUUAAGGGCGUGGAGAUAAGGAAGCCAGAACAACUUCAAAAUGUUUCCUCUCUUAUUAUUCCGGGAGGAGAGAGUACAACCAUGGCUAAGUUGGCUGAGUAUCACAACCUGUUUCCUGCCUUGCGUGAAUUUGUCAAAAUGGGAAAGCCUGUUUGGGGGACAUGUGCAGGGCUUAUCUUCUUGGCAGAUAAAGCUAUAGGGCAGAAAGAAGGAGGACAGGAACUGGUUGGAGGCCUAGACUGCACAGUGCACAGGAAUUUCUUUGGUAGUCAGAUCCAAAGCUUUGAGGCAGAGAUUGAGGCACCAGAGCUUUCUUCUACGGAAGGUGGUCCUGAAACAUUUCGUGGAGUUUUUAUACGUGCUCCUGCUAUUCUUGAAGUGGGAUCAGAAGUUCAGGUGCUCGCCAACUAUCCUGUUUCAUCAAAACCUACUAAAGGGUCAGAUUCAAAUUCUGCGGAUGGAGGUCAAGAGGGGAAUACCAGUUCUCAAACAAGAGUGAUUGUAGCUGUAAGACAGGGGAAUUUGCUGGCUACCGCUUUUCAUCCUGAACUGACAGCAGAUACUCGAUGGCAUAGUUACUUUUUGAAGAUGAUGGGUGAAGGAUCAUCGAGUAGUAGUAUCGACUCGGUUGGAACUGAUUCACAUAUAAUUCACCCACCACCACGAAUUGACUUUCCCAUAUAUCAGUAAUUGCUGAUCAACAUAGUACUUUUUCCUAACCCCAAGGGGUGGUCUAGUGGUAAGGACUGUUGGAAAGUGCAAGGUAAGUCUAUGUUCCAAGGUUUGAAUCCCCAGACUCAAAAGCCUUGGGGCCAUUAAGAGGUGUCUCCGUCGAACUGCCAGGGCCAAAAUUUCAAACAAAAAAAAAAAAACCAGUAUUUUCUUCUCAGAUUUGAUCUCAUUCAAUUUAUAUAUUUCUACUCUGAUCAUUGUGGUAGCUGCUGAAGGUUCCCUAAUGAUUCUUUCCAUAUGGUUCAGUUUGUAUUUCAGAUAGUGAUAUGAUUUAAAAGUGUAAACAGAUUUUGCAAUGCUGUCUGUCGACUUCUACUAGUUUGCUCAUUUGUAAGUUGUUCAUUUUCAUAGUUUAAAAUUGUUUUAUUUGUUUCACCCCCAAAA